UUAGACGACAAUUGUCCCCGUUAAUUAUAUUACGAAUCACAGAGUCUACAACGUCCUUCGCAAAAUCCCUGCCCUCUGCGAACUCACUCUUUCUAUCCUUCUCUCUCCACUCCAUCUGAUCAAUCAGCCAAAAUGAACGAUGCAGAUGUCUCCAAGCAGAUCCAGCAGAUGGUCAGGUUCAUCCGCCAGGAAGCCGAAGAGAAGGCCAACGAGAUCUCAGUUUCUGCUGAAGAAGAAUUCAAUAUUGAAAAGUUGCAGCUGGUAGAGGCAGAGAAGAAGAAGAUCAGGCAAGAGUAUGAGCGUAAAGAGAAGCAAGUCGACGUUCGAAAGAAGAUUGAAUACUCCAUGCAGCUUAAUGCUUCUCGGAUUAAAGUUCUUCAAGCCCAAGAUGAUGUGGUUAAUGCCAUGAAAGAGGCAGCAGGAAAGGACCUUCUGAAUGCGAGCCAUGAUCAUCAUGUGUAUAAAAAGCUUUUGCAUGAUCUGAUAGUUCAGAGUUUGCUUAGACUGAAGGAGCCUUCUGUCUUGCUGCGCUGCCGAAAAGAUGACCUUCGCUUGGUGGAGUCUGUCCUGGAUUCAGCAAAGAAGGAAUAUGCGGAGAAAGUAAAUGUUCAUGCACCAGAAAUUAUAGUUGAUAAUCAUGUCUAUCUUCCACCUGCUCCUAGCCACCAUAAUGCCCAUGGUCCUUACUGCUCUGGAGGUGUAGUCCUGGCUUCUCGAGAUGGGAAAAUUGUAUGUGAGAAUACCCUUGAUGCACGGCUGGAUGUUGUGUUCCGUAAAAAGCUUCCUGAGAUCCGCAAGAGGCUUUUUGGUCAGGUUGCCGCUUGAUGAGUUGAGUUACAUUGUUGUUUUACCACCCAUAAUUUAUUUCUUGAUAAUUGCUUGGUUGUCCUCGUCUUUUUUCUUUUUUGGAUAUUCAUGUUUGCAGAAUACCGUGUUUAUGAAAUUAGAGAAGCUGGUACGUGUUUAGUACUGGUAAUUUAUUUGGGGCAUGCCAGUGUACUCGUGUUUAAUAAUAAACAGAACUUUUUCGUCUUUUGCUCGA